AUGUCCACUGAUGUCCGUCAACUCUCAACUACUGAAGGCUUUCUAUGCGGUGGCUUGGCAGCCUGUAUAGCUGUGACAAUAUCCAACCCUGCUGAGGUAGCCAAGACUCGAUUGCAGUUGCAAGGAGAGCUCGUCAAGGGCGGCGGUCUCAAGGUGUACAAUAAUGCUUUCGACGCCAUGAUAAAGACAUGGAAGAAUGAAGGUAUCCGCGGUAUGCAACGCGGACUAGGUGUAGCAGUAUGUCAAUCUCCAAAUUUUCAGCUUGCCUUUCUGACCAGGGCUGCUGCAGGUUUUUAUGAACCAUUUCGACGGACUAUCAAUCGCGUAUUUGGUUGGUCGAGUGCAGACCAGAUACCUAUCACAUCCUUGGUGGCUGGCGCAGCCAGUGGUGCUGUCGGAGCUAUAAUCGGGAAUCCCUUGUUUCUCAUCAAGGCUCGUAUGCAGGCAUACUCGCCCGCUCUUCCUAUAGGAACACAACGCCAUUAUAAGAACUCUUUCGAUGCCCUGGCUACGAUCUGGCGGACCGAGGGUAUUCGCGGUUACGUCCGCGGAAUGGAUGCUGCUAUUCUUCGUACAGCAAUGGGCUCAUCUGUUCAACUACCGACAUAUAACUGGACUAAGAAUCAGCUUGUUGGACAUGCCAUUCUACCCAGUGACAGUGUGUGGACGUUUCUUGCGAGCAGCUCGGUUUCUGGUGUUUGCGUGUGCCUUGUCAUGCAACCCGCCGAUACUGCACUCACAAGAAUGUACAACCAGCCCACCACGAAACUACCCGAUGGGAGGGUCGUAGGGGCGCUGUACAAGAGUCCGAUAGAUUGUUUGUGGAGGACUGUCAAAACAGAGGGAGUUCUCGGCUGGUAUAAAGGUUCACUUGCGCACUUCCUGCGUAUCACCCCUCAUACGAUCAUAACUCUCACUAUGAACGAUGUAAUACGAAACCUCUACAAGGAUCUGGCCUGGGGUAGGUCCUAUGUAUAA